UUUAACAAGUUCUCGAAAAUAUAAAAGAAAAGGAAGAAAAAUUAAAAAAUGCUAAUCCAAGAGAACUUCUUCCUCGAAGAAAAAGAAGAAUUUAUGAUCGUCCUUUAUUUGAUUUAGAUAUAUCUGAAUUUAAUGCAUGGAGAUCAUAUGAUAAUGUGAUUUAUAAAGUACAUAAACACGCAGCACCUGUAGUUUGUAAAAUACCAAUAUCACCUCGUUUAUUAUAACAUGCUUUUGGAUAAGGAGCCUAAUCUUUAUAUAAUGAAAAUCUUUCUACAAGAGAAUAUCAUUUUUAAGAUACUAAUUUAGACACUUAUUAACUAUAUGACUAUAAAGCAACGACUGCUUAUCAUGGAGAAAAUUUAAAAGAUUAUGAUUAUGAUCAUUAAGAACAUGUUAGAAUAAAAAAAAGAAAAUAAAUGCAUCCAUCUCCUGAAGAAUUUUGGGAAUAAGAUGAACCUCAUAUGUUUAGAUUAAAUUGUUCAAAAUAUGCUGAUUUUCAUAAAUUUAAAAAAUGGCUUUUAUAGGAAAUUGAAAAAAGAUCAAAAGAUAUUGCAUAUGAAUAAAAAAUACUUAAUAAAUUUGGGCCUUUUGAAAUAUAUGAUUAAUAUGAUAAAAAAUAUUAAAUAAAUAGAAGUCCAACAGUAUUUAAAUAUAAUAGAUCUUAUUAUUUAGAUGAAAAACCAACUUAAAAAUAAUUAAAAGAAGAUCCUUAUUUAGAAUGUCCGAAACCUGCUUAAGUAAUGGAAGAGAAAUAUAGAGUACAUUGGCCUUAUUAAUGGUAAAAAAAACCCGAAAAAAAUAAGAAUGAAAAUUUUUUUUUAUUUAAAAAUAAAUAACUCAAUUCAAUUUAUAUACAAAUGAUUUAUCAUAUUCAAUAUAUUAAUUAUUUAAUUUAAAUUAAAUUUUUAUAUCUAAAUCUCUGAUAUUAUUUUCAUUUUUUUAUACUGCAAUUUUUCCUUUUAAAAUAUUUCCUUUAAAAACUUAAAGAAAGUUCUUUUCUUCAUUAAUAAAAAAUAUUGUUUGCUUCCAAUGUGUUACUGUAUUGAAAGGACUACUAGAUAUUUUUAAUGGAGUAUGUCCGUGUUAAAAAUGGACUUCCCACCAAACUACUAAUCCUUAUACAAAUGAAUCAUUUCUAAUAUUUAUAGAAUAAUUAGAAACAAAAUCUAAAUCAGAUUUCUUUACUGUAUAUAAAUCAAAUUCUUUGAAAUCACAUUAACUACUAUUUAUGCAUUGUUCUUCUAUUAU